GCCACUGACGGCUCGUUAGCCAGCACGUACAUGCUCUCCGUGAAUUUGUCAGUCACUGUGGAUUCAAAGAAGGUCACACAGAUGCAGAGAAUAAACGAGCCAUGUUAGGAAGAAAAAGAAAACAGAGUAAAACAGCAAACGACAUGGAUAAGUAGCCACGUAAAGUAACUUAGCAUUAGCUUAGCCGCUAAUGAGCUAACAGCUACUAGCUUAGCUGCAACGUAACAAUGAGUGAUCAUGGAGGCCAGAGGUGAUGAAGAGGUUGCAGAUGGCCAAAACAGUCGCUCACCUAACGCUGAUGAUGGUCCUUCCGAGUCCAGAGAUGACAGGUCCAAUGUGUCUCCAGAAAACACGGAUGUGGAUGAAGAGGGUUUGUUCAUACACCCCACCACUCUGACCAACAAGCAGCGUGGGAAUGAGGUUACAGUACGCCCAGCAACAUUAGACUCUUUGUCUAUACACCAGCUAGCAGCACAAGGCGAGGUUUCACAAGUGGCUGCACACCUGAGCAAAGACAGUUCACUGCUCAGCAAACAGGAUGAACGGGGCUUCACGCCUCUUAUGUGGGCAGCAGCGUUUGGAGAGAAAGCAAUGGUGGAUUUUCUCUUGGAAAAGGGCGCAGACCCCAAAACAAUUGCGAGGGAGCGAGAGAGUGCUCUGACACUGGCCAGCUCUGGAGGUUAUGUGGACAUUGUUGUGUCUCUUCUCAGACAUGGAGUCGACAUUGACACUUAUGACUGGAAUGGUGGGACUCCUCUUCUUUACGCUGUACGAGGGAACCACAUUAAAUGUGUCGAGGCACUCUUAGCCGAGGGGGCCGACAUGACCAUCGAAUCUGACUCUGGGUACAGUCCAAUGGCCUUAGCUGUUGCACUCGGACACAAAAAGAUUCAGAAAGUGUUGGAGGACCAUAUCCUGAAACUCUACAAGCCACCAACAUGACACUCAUUAAAACAAACAACUGCAAAGGACAGUUUGAUGCAGUUGAUCUCAGAUCUACAAUCAGCGAUCACUGGUGGUGAGAUGACCAAGACUUCAGUCACAAUAACACUGUAAUAGAUCGGUACAUAUGCAGAGACAGUUACAUUUAUUUUUUAAAAGAUUUAUUCCAUUUGUUUGCAUUAGAUUGUAUUAGAGUGUACAAAAACUUUGUACAAACAAGGACUAAAAUGUGCAGCGGAUAGUUUUGUUUGGCAGAAAAAAGAACUGAACAAGUUUUAAUAAAAAAGUAUUUUUAUA